AUGUCGCUGGAGCCAGGGGUGCCGCGCCGCUCCAUCUCGCCAGAGAGCUCUGGACGAGACUCGCCCGUUCCCCGGCAAUGGAGGAACCAGCUUGGGAGUGAGGAGAAACCGACCAAAGACAAGGCGUACCGCAAGUUCGCGGCCAGCAUAGACAGGGCGCUCACGCUGUUCGAGACGGCCUUGGAUGAGUGGGCAGACUACAUAUCUUUCCUGAAUAGACUUCUCAAGGCCCUCCAAUCUAGGCCUUCAACUAUCACGACUUUACCCUCCAAGGCUCUCGUCGCAAAGCGCCUGUCGCAAUGCCUGAACCCCUCGCUUCCCUCUGGUGUCCAUCAGAAGGCCCUCGAAGUAUACAGCUGCGUAUUUUCCAUCAUCGGUAAAGACGGCUUGUCCAAUGACCUCCCUCUCUACCUGCCUGGGCUGGCAGCGACACUGUCAUUUGCCUCCCUGUCCGUCCGGACGCCAUUCCUCGACCUCCUCGAGAAGUACUUCCUCGAUGUACAACCAAGAUCGCUACGGCCAGCCCUGAAGUCAAUAGUACUAGCUUUGCUGCCUGGGUUGGAGGAAGAGACGGCCGAGGAUUUCGACCGCACGAUGCAGCUGCUACAGCGCUUCAAGAUUGCUGUGAGACCACCAGGCCGUGAGGACAUCACGCGCGAUCACUCCACCGGCGAUGACUUUUUCUGGCAGUGCUUCUUCCUCGCCUCAAUCACAAGCCAGACCAGGCGCCUGGGAGCCCUGGCGUAUUUGGUUCGCUAUCUUCCUAAGCUCGGCAGCGCCGAGUCCCACAAAGCGGGCGCAAAGGCUCAAAAUGGCUUCGACAAUGACUUGACCGCGCAGCUGUCGGAACUGGUAACCUCCCCAGAACCUGGUCUACUCUUGCGGUGUUUUGCGGCAGGUCUGGCCGACGAGCAGUUGCUCAUCCAGCGAGGGUACCUUGACCUUCUCGUAACCCACCUCCCUCUGCACUCCAAAGUCCUGCAGACGCGUGUCAAGCCUGCAGAUCUGGAACUGCUACUGCGUGCAGCUGUCGGCGUAGUCACACGACGAGAAAUGAGCCUGAAUCGACGCUUGUGGGCCUGGUUAUUGGGCCCUGAACCUUCUGCCCAAGACCUGGAUGCUGCGUUGGACAGCCCCGGUGCAACUACGGAGCAUGGUGGCGGGUACUUCUCUACCAAGACGAGCUACUUCGAAGAGUAUGGCCUACAGCCUCUCAGCCGUGCUCUACUAGCCAUGAUCCGAGCUAUACCGGAUAGCCCACCCGCAGAGCGAGCCAGACCGUAUCGAAUAUGUUUGUCUCUCAUGGAUCGGUGGGAAAUUGGUGGUCUCGUCGUACCCGAGGUGUUUCUCGCGAUCGUAGACAGCGUGAGGCAUUUCAAAACAAAGGCUUCAUCGAAGGCCGAGUUCAGCGAGGUUCUCAGAAGCGCGAGCGUCUUUUUCGACGGCGUCGAGAGUGGCUUGAUCUACGGCGAGAUCUUGAGCUUGGUGGCCCAGGCCAUCGGCUCCAGCAACUUAACUAGCUCUGAGCGAAGCGACAAGCUGGACCUGGCCAAGUUCAUCAUCAGACAUUUCAAUAUCCGCGAGGAGGAGAUGAUCACCAUUCAUGCUCCGCUAACUGCCUUGUCAAUUCUGUGUAUGCUCGAAGACUCAAAGGAGCCGGCCCGGCCUCAAUUGCUGGAAGUUCAGGCGCUCGCCGUUGGUAGCGACCUCAUCGAGCUCAUCCCUGAACGUGCUUUCCGCGAUGCAACUAGCAAAAGUCCAGAAGCAGGGGACGGUAGAACUGUGGCGGCGACAUCUCCGACCAACGCCGAUCUGCUGAAGAGAAUCAAGACUUUCUACGUGACUGAUCAAGGUAACCUUGAUGCUUCGGCUCCUCCAUACACGGCAAAUACCCUCGCGUCGCUUUUGCUGCGAAAGGCUUGCAGCCUGAAUAUUCAAUGCCUUCUCGACCGGAACACGGCCUCAGACAUGGCGACUAAGAGUCGUCUUUUGAUGCUGCUCCUGGGGAAGACUCCUCAAAGGACGCCCUUUGACUCUGACCAACUGCUCUCGGCAUUGAGCCGCUGCCUGUCCGAGCGCACGACACUACCUUUUACCACCUAUUCCUCCGUUCUCUCCCUCUCCACUCAUCUCCAUUCGAGCAGCCACAUUACCUUCAACCAACUGUUGGAGCUUGUAACACCCCUCGUACGCCACGCUUGGUCUUUCUUAUCCAGUGCAGAACCCAAGUACCACGUGGAGACGGUCCGUAGUCUCUGGCAGCUACAGACCGCACUCUCUCCCUCCAGUCGGGAGGUCGAGGCAGCCCUGUCCACCCUCAUGAUCGAACAGAAUGUGGCGGGUACAUUCGCUGUCCGGUCAGCCGACUCAGGCCGGCGCUUCAGUGUCCUGUGGUCACAUACUCUACAAGACAACCCUCACAGCUCGGACCGGAGGACGCCCAAAACACCCAAUGCGGACUUGAAGGCUUUCCCCAGACUGGCUGGCGUGGACCACUAUGAGGUGAUGCUGGGCAGGCCACUCUUCCUUGCGCUCGACGCUCUCCUCGACGAGCGAACGGAGCUCUUCAUGAAUAUCAAGACGUGGCUCAACAGCCUUAUGGGCGUUGAAAAGAUGUUUCUGAUCUUUGCUUCUCGCUUCCUAGCACUCGACUAUCUGCACUUGCCAAAACAGGGUGAUGCUCACGGAACGAGGCAGUUGACGAGCGAUGAUGACCUUGAUCUCGGCAUCUACUACCUACGAACGCUCUCCAACGUGCUUCGCUGGGCGCCCGAUUCGUUCCAUGCUAUCCUCGCGCGUCGUACUCUCUCCGCUGGCGAUGGCCAUUCUAGCAUCUCCAAGAUCACCGGCUCGGAUGCCGACAUCACCUUCCAGGAGUUCUUCCUGCAGAUCUGCAUGAGAUGUAUAUCUUGUGAGGAAUCGCCCGAUUGUGACCAGGAAGGUCGCACAGCGCAGCUUCACCGCUAUGCGCUCACCGUACUUCAUCAGAUUCUUUUGAGCCCAUAUGCCGAGGUACUCGCCAAGUUGCGACUGGAAGACGCUCUCCUGGAGCAUCUCAUGCGAGCUAUCAACGGCAAAGACCCCUAUGUGCAGGUCCUGCUCUUAGAUGCCGUGUUUGCGGCGCUCAAGCUUCGUGAUAUCCUUGUGCCAGAGCCUCCAUCGCCCCCACCGCGCGAGAAGCAGCGGGCUAUGAGCAUCGAUCCGACCAAGCCUGUCAGGCAUUCGUUGACAGAUGAGAAGCCCCCUAGAUUGGUGCCGCCUCCGCCAUUAUUACUCAAGUGUUUGCAGGACGGGUUGAGCUCUUGCACAAGCCGUCCAGUCCUCGAAAGCUGGGUCACCUUUCUCUCUGGAUGCCUGCCGCUUUAUACGGAUUCAAUCUUCCAAGUGCUCAUUCCCUUAGUGGAGACUCUGUGCACCGAGAUCAAUUCUACAUUCACGGGUUUGCAAACCACAUUUCGGCAGGGCGCCGUCAUCGACAAAGAGCUCAGCGUCCCCGAAUCCACUCUCAUUUGCCUGCUGAAUGCCCUCGAGCAGGUGCUCGCCAAGGGGCACGAGGCGCUGCUGGUCGAGGAAGCUCGUGCUCAGAUGAUCAAGAACCCGGAGCAGCCACAGAGCUUCUUUGGCAAUAUCUUCUCGGCCGACGCGCCCCAGACAAGGAGCGCCACUGCGAAUGACAGGCUGACGGUGCUCCUGGCUUUCCAAGACGCUGUUCGAAUCUGCUUCAAGAUAUGGUCCUGGGGCCAGGGCAGCGACGGCGCUUCGCAAGACGCGAGCUCGGCGGCCUCUUUUAACUAUACAUCACUGCGCAUGCGGAACCGCGCGAGACGGCUCCUUGAGCACCUCUUCGCUGCCGAAACUCUGGAAUGCCUAGAGACGGUCAUGGAAAUCUGGCGUACAUCCCUCGACUCGUCAGACACGUCCAAGCACGGCGCGGUUUUCAAUCUCCUGCCGGUGCUCGACGGCUCGAGACCGAAGCACACAAUCCCCGCCAUAUUCAACGCCAUGUACAGCCGCACGAACCCGGCUGCCUUGGACCCGUCGAGGAAAUCUACCUUGACCGUCGAGCUGCAGGACACCGACAUUGUCAUCUUCCUCGUCGACUACGCGAGAUCGCUCGAAGACGACACCAUGGACGAGAUCUGGCAGGAUUGUAUGACGUUCCUACGAGACCUUCUUGGGAACCCGUUCCCGCACCGCCAGACCUUGCCAAGCCUGAUUGAGUUCACGGCCAUCUUGGGAGAGAAGGUGGAUAAUACCAAUUUUGGGGAGCAACGGAGAAUGCGUCGCGAGUUGGGGGAUCUCUUCCUCCGCCUCUUGACCGCCCUCUUCACAACGAGGCCGAUGAACUUCAGCGACAGCUCCGCUACGCAGUCGGAAAAGGCAAAGUCCAUGGAAACGACGCGCCAGCUACAGGCGCCGUCAGAGAGGGCAGACGAUGUCGUAGGCAUCCUCUCGUCCAUUGUGCCCAACCUGCCCAAGAUCCUGGUCGAGAACGACCGGGUGCUGACUGCCGCGACUACCAUCUCGGCCAGCAUCAUCGGGCCGGCCUUUCGGGCCAAGUCCUUCCCAGAUAGCGUCUCCAAGAGCACCCUGGUCCUGCUGCAGGAGCUGUCGCGACUGCCCAACAACCAAAAGGCGUGGAAGAAGGACGUUACGGACGCUUUCAACGAUCACCGCUUCUUCGGCUCACGGCUGUCGCUAGUGCAGAGCGACUGGCUGCCACUCAUACGGCAGUGGACCGUAAGCGACAAGGAGCGAAUGCCUGAGAUCCUCGCCCGCAUGACGCCGCCGACCACAGCCGGUAUCGUGUUCGGCGUGGGCGCGACGUCGGCGCGGCUCGAAGCCGACCGCAAGACGCAGCUCAACCUGCGCAGGGUGGCCAUGCUCAUCCUGGCGUCGGCCAAUGACACAUUUGUCACGGACCUGGAGGCUAUUCUCGACAAGCUGGUAGAGCUGCUCGCGGCGUCGUCGACCUCGUCUCCAUCAUCGACCACCCGCGCCGAGAUCUACAUGGUGGUGCGCGCUCUCGUGCUCAGGACGAGCGCUAUCCACCUUGCGCCCCUGUGGCCCGUCAUCAACGCCGAGCUGCACGCGGCCGUGACGUCCAUCAUUGCGCCCGACGACAGCGCUGCCGCGGACGCCUACAACAACGCCUCCAUCAUGCAGGCGUGCAAGCUGCUAGACCUACUCAUCUGCGCGGCCCCUGACGACUUCCAGCUGCACGAGUGGCUCUUUGUCACGGACACCAUCGACGCGGUGUAUAGGCCGGCAAACUACCAGCCCGUGGCGCUGGCCGACGAGCUGUCGGAGGAGCUGGGCGCCGUGAUGAUCACCAGCGGGGUGCAGAUGGAGCACGCGGCGACGAUGGCGGCUGCUAGCUCCCGCCGGACGCCGCUGCUGGGCGGGUGCGGCAUCAGCGAUGACGUGAGCCUCGAGCGGAAGGAUGAGCUGGUCGCCAAGGUGCUGCGGCCGUUCUUUAGCCAGUUGAGCAUAUAUGCGUUCGAGUCUACAUAUGCAAUGGGCCCCUUUGACGGGGAGGUGUGCCUGAGUGGGUUAUUGAAGGACCUUUUUGACGAGAGAACCAUCGUCAAGGCAUUAUAA